AAAAAUGCCCUUGGACAUAACAGUGGCUACACCACCUUUUUUCAGUGGGUGGCUGUGCAUUGCAGCCCUGAGGACAUGUAUCUCUUGGCCGUGAUGGUCGAGUUAAUUAUCAACACUGAUAAUGCUCAGACUGCUCUUCGUGCUGUCGCCUAUGUGGAGGAGGAGUACGGGCUCUUGCCGCCCGAACUCAGGUCGGCUAAGAUCGAUCUUGAGCUGCCGAUUUGGGAGACUCAGCCCCUGGUGUUGUCCUCACUUAAUCUUGAUCGGUUGGAGGAGCUGUCUGAUUGUCUUUCCUCCAUGGUCAACUCCAUCUAUUCUCAACAAUAUUGUUUUGAUGUUGCUAUUUUCCUGAUUUCCUUCGUCACCGCUGCUGCUGCUGCUGCUGCUGCUGCUGCUGCUGCUGCUGGUGGUAAUUUGAUUCCACGGGAGCAUUUUCUCACA